CACCGAGAAAUCGCGUUCCCGCCGCCUGAAAACCAUCGUCUCUUUCGAAAGCUCGAAGCCGUCGUCAAUGGCGACGAGAUCCAAGGGCAACGCCAGCGCCAGGCAACAGCACCAGCAGCUCUCCUACAUCUCAGUGCCCUCACAGAUCAUCCACUCCCUUUCCUCCUCGUCCCUCCAAUCCCUACUUCUUUCGCCGAAGAAAUCCUCGCGAUCAGGUCAUCGGCUCUCAUCGAUUAUCAAGAACCCUAGGUUCUUGCUUCUAUUCCUGUUUCUUUUCGCGUUGGUUGGGACUUUCAGGAUUGGGUUUGAAUUUGACCCGGUGCUUCCCUUUUCUCCAAUCCCCUGCGGUGGGGUGAUCCGAGGUGGUGGGUUUCCGGCGGUUGAGGCUUCUGGAGUGGUGGGGAAUCGGUCGGCGGUGAUUAGGGAUGGGUUUUGGGCUCAGCCGGAUGGGAUGGCAUUUAAACCUUGCUUAUCGUUUAGCUCGGAGUAUAAGAGGUGGAGUAAGGAUGUGACGGUGGAGAGGAGGAAGUAUCUCAUGGUGGUUGUCUCUGGCGGGUUGAAUCAGCAGCGGAACCAGAUCGUCGACGCCGUCGUGAUAGCCAGGAUUCUCGGGGCGGCACUUGUCGUUCCGAUUCUUCAGGUCAACGUUAUCUGGGGCGACGAUAGUGAGUUUUCGGAUAUUUUUGAUCUGGACCACUUCAAGAGGACUCUGGCAGACGAUGUCAGGGUGGUCUCCUCCCUACCUUCUACCCACCUGAUGACCCGUCCAGUGGAGGAGAGGCGCACACCGCUUCACGUCUCCCCUCGCUGGAUUCGCUCACGUUACCUCCGCCGUCUUAACAAAGAAGGUGUUCUGCUCUUGCGUGGAUUGGACUCAAGGCUCUCAAAGGAUCUUCCACCUGAUCUUCAGAAGCUUCGAUGCAAGGUUGCAUUUCAUGCUCUGAAGUUUGCUGCUCCCAUACAGGAGUUGGGAAAUAAGCUUGCCAUGAGAAUGCAGAGCAAGGGGCCAUACCUUGCUCUACAUCUCCGUAUGGAGAAGGAUGUCUGGGUGAGAACAGGCUGUCUUCCUGGGUUGAGUGCAAUGUACGAUGAAAUCAUUCAUGAAGAACGGAAUCUCAGACCUGAACUCCUCACGGCAAGAUCAAAUAUGACGUACCAUGAACGAAAACUUGCUGGUCUCUGUCCCUUGAAUGCUUUGGAGGUCACAAGGCUGCUCAAGGCACUUGAAGCUCCGAAAAGUGCAAUGAUUUAUUGGGCUGGUGGAAAACCAUUUGGUGGCAAAGAAGCUUUGCUUCCAUUAACCAGAGAGUUCCCCAAUUUAUACAACAAGGAGAACCUCGCAUUGGCCGAUGAACUCAAACCUUUCUCCAACAAGUCAUCCAUUCUUGCAGCCAUUGAUUACAUAGUCUGUGAACAGAGUGAUGUCUUCAUGCCAUCUCAUGGCGGAAACAUGGGCCAUGUAAUUCAGGGAUACAGGGCUUAUACAGGACACAAGAAGUUCAUAACUCCAAACAAGCGGCAAAUGUUACCGUACUUUCUAGAUCACUCUCUUCCUGAAUCUGAAUUCAAUAAUGUUAUAAAAGAGCUGCAUCAAGGAUCUCUAGGACAGCCGGAACUAAGAACAGAAAAGGCCGGACGAGAUGUCACUGCCUUCCCUGUCCCUGAAUGCAUGUGCAAACAAGCUCAACAACAAGAACAAGACCAUAGAUUGAAUUUCUCCAAGUCAGUCUCAUAGUUCCACACAAAUUCAAUGGAUACCCUUCAUUGAAUUCCUGCUGGCCAUUAAAGCAAUCUGAUUGAAAUUUGGAGGCCACAAAGCUCUACCUGGAGGCCAGAGUUUUGAAUUUGAAGGAAUUAUUCUUUGCCAUUAAAUACCACAAUACAUACAUACAUACAGAAGAUACAUCUAUACAGUCAUUGAAAGAUGACUUUGUGGUAUUAUUUAUUCAUCUGAGGAUGUGCUUUUUCAGCUGUCCACUCCACUGUUGUAAUUAUUCUUUAGCAUAUUAUUUAAUUGUCUGAGAUGUGGAUACUUGGAUGUAUUCUUUGAUUCAUUCUUUGUAACAGACCAUUCUGAAAACUACUGCAAUGUAAAGAUGUUAUUUCAAUUGUAUUUGUAAUUCAGCAAAAUCAUUCAUUUAUUUAUUUA